CAGGCGGAGGGGUGAGCGCUGCGGGGCUGCCACCCCGCCAGGACCCCCCCAAAUCCCCCUAAAACCUCCCCCAAACCCCCCAAAACCUCCCUAAAAGCCUCCAGGAGGAUGAACCUGGAGCGGCUGCGGAAGCGGGUGCGGCAGUACAUCGACCAGCAGCAAUAUCAAAGUGCCCUGUUUUGGGCAGACAAGGUAGCUUCACUGUCUCAUGAGGAACCUCAAGAUAUCUACUGGUUGGCCCAGUGUCUUUACCUGACAGCUCAGUAUCAUAGGGCAGCACAUGCCCUUCGAUCCCGUAAAUUGGAUAAGUUAUAUGAAGCCUGUCGCUACCUUGCAGCUAGAUGUCACUAUGCUGCGAAAGAACAUCAACAGGCCCUGGAUAUCCUUGAUAUGGAAGAGCCAAUCAACAAAAGACUUUUUGAGAAGUACUUGAAGGAUGAAAAUGGAUUAAAAGACUCGACCACGGACUGGGAGAUGUCGCAAUCCUCUAUCAAGAGCUCUAUAUGCCUUUUGCGAGGGAAGAUCUAUGAUGCUUUGGAUAAUAGAACCCUAGCAACAUACAGCUACAAAGAGGCCUUGAAGCUUGAUGUUUACUGCUUCGAAGCGUUUGAUCUUUUAACAUCGCACCAUAUGCUGACAGCACAAGAAGAAAAAGAACUUCUUGAAUCUCUACCUCUUAGCAAACAAUGUACGGAAGAAGAACAAGAAUUGCUGCACUUUUUGUUUGAGAAUAAAUUGAAGAAGUAUAAUAAACCCAGUGAAACAUUGAUUCCUGAGUCAGUAGACGGCCUUCAGGAAAACCUGGAUGUAGUAGUGUCCUUAGCUGAAAGACAUUAUUAUAACUGUGAUUUCAAAAUGUGUUACAAGCUUACUUCUGUAGUAAUGGAAAAGGAUCCAUUCCAUGCAAACUGUUUACCUGUGCAUAUAGGGACGCUUGUGGAGCUUAAUAAAGCAAACGAACUUUUCUAUCUUUCUCAUAAACUGGUCGACCUGUACCCAAAUAAUCCUGUGUCAUGGUUUGCAGUAGGAUGCUACUAUCUCAUGGUUGGCCACAAAAAUGAACAUGCUAGAAGAUAUCUCAGCAAAGCUACGACACUUGAGAGAACCUAUGGACCAGCAUGGAUAGCGUAUGGACAUUCAUUUGCAGUUGAGAGUGAGCAUGACCAAGCAAUGGCUGCGUAUUUCACAGCUGCACAGCUCAUGAAAGGGUGUCACUUGCCAAUGCUCUACAUUGGACUGGAAUAUGGCUUGACCAACAACUCUAAGUUGGCUGAAAGGUUUUUCAGCCAAGCUCUAAGCAUUGCACCUGAAGAUCCCUUUGUUAUGCAUGAAGUCGGAGUGGUCGCAUUUCAAAACGGAGACUGGAAAACUGCAGAAAAAUGGUUUCUUGAUGCACUGGAAAAAAUCAAAGCUAUUGGAAAUGAGGUAACAGUUGAUAAGUGGGAGCCUUUAUUGAACAACUUAGGACAUGUCUGUAGAAAACUCAAGAAAUACGAAGAAGCACUGGAAUACCAUCGCCAGGCUCUAGUACUAAUUCCUCAAAACGCUUCUACUUAUUCUGCCAUUGGCUACAUACAUAGUCUGAUGGGCAAUUUUGAAAGUGCAAUCGACUACUUUCAUACGGCACUUGGUCUUAGAAGGGAUGACACAUUUUCAGUCACGAUGCUUGGCCAUUGCAUAGAAAUGUAUAUUGGUGAUUCCGAAGCUUACAUUGGAACAGAAAUCAAAGACAAAUUAAGAUGUUACGACUUUGAUGUACACACAAUGAAGACGUUAAAGAAUAUAAUUUCACCUCCCUGGGAUUUCAGAGAAUUCGACAUAGAGAGACAGACUCUGGAUGAGAGCGGUAUAGUAACGUUAGAAACAUCACAUCAAAGGAAAAGUACAGAUACCAGUCGUCCAUUGGAAGAAACGUUUGAGAUUGAAAUGAAUGAAAGCGAUAUGAUGCUAGAAACAUCCAUGUCAGACCAUAGUACGUGACUGUAAAUUCUGGUACAGGGCUCAUUUUGUCAGUGUUUGUUUUAGCAUUUUUGUUAUGGUGUUAUACUUUCAGGAAUUUGCUAUUUUUAUAUGAAUUCAAACUACUACACUGUACCUAACACCGGAGAAAUAAUGCUUGCCUUAAGGAUGAUUAAAAUAUACAUGAUGGACUAUUUCCGAUUUUAUUAUUUCUACAAAAUUAAUCAUACGUGAUGAAGUAAAAAAAAAAAUAAAUUCACAUUAUGUUUUUAAAACUGUUUACUCAUCCUUGUGUCUGCCAUCGGUAGGACUGAAGGUUUAAAAAUAAUACUUAAAGAUUGAACUGUUUACAAUGUGCUGAAUGGAGUAGCCAGAGUCUAAUGUAGUAAUUGUGGCUUCUGAAUUUUCAUCCUGUCGGUGAGGAAUGCUUUCGUAGUAAAUAGACCAAAAAAUACAUGAGGUUUCACACAUUUAUGAAGUAAUAAGUAUAUCCCUUUACAAAGUGCUUUCAGUGGUUUUCCAUCACUUGACUCUAAUUGGGCAUAUGUUAAAUUGAUGACAAAGCAUGUGACUUUGUUAUACUUUCUCCUGUUGUUGACUUCGGCUUUUUAUCAUUCUUCUGUAUUGUGCUACUGAAAGGUCAUUUAAGAACUGUUUCUGGUAAGGUGACUAGACAACAACCAUGAAUGGCAAAAAUGUUAAGAUGAAUCAGUGUUUCCUGCAAUUACUGACAUCUGUGAUGUUUUUCGGUAGUGUAACAAUCAAGAUGUAAGCCACAGUGUACUAAUUCUUGAAGGGACUGUAGUCAUUCUGUUUACACACAGCUGUUCUGUCAAGGCAGAGGAUUAAUGGAAUAAUACUAAUACACGUAUACGGUUUUUACAAGUCUCUAAAUUGGUAUUUUUAAAUGUCGUCAGUUCACUGAAAAAUAAUGAAGUAAAGCAUAUGUCUCUGAAACAGAAGCAGGGACUUGUCCAGCCACUAAACAGAACAGUUUGCCUUCUUAGCAUGAACGCUGAACGUAUUUUGUGUAAAUUUUUCCCUUCCCUUCUUGCCUGUUCCACAUAUGUCACUGUGAGGGGCUUAAAAUUAAAAACUUAAUGCUACAAGCUGUCAUAAUGUUUUCUUCUGUGACUUACAGCUAAGUUCUGACAUUAAAUGAAUGAAGAGAUUUUUCUGAGAUUUAGCGGUCCAGACUUCAGUUGGAAGUACUUCAGAGCUCAAGAACUAACAAUUUUCUGUAGAUGAAUUUUUUUUUUUGAUGAAAUAAAAAAAUGGCUAACUUAUAUUUUAGCAAAAUAGAA